AUGAAGUCUUUCGUUUCCCUUCUCGUUUUCCCUGCUUCCUCGCUGGCUGGAACCGUGCUGUGGAGCGGCAUUUUCAACUCUUCAGCUACCGUCGAGGACUUUGAUGAUUGGUCGUGGUCCAACCAGAUUGAACCAUGGCAAUGGUACAUUCAUGGCACUGGCAACACGUCGGAUUACCUGGGUCUCUCCACGGACUUCAAGAACCCUGCCGAUACUAGCGACGCCCAGGGUCUGCGCAUCAGCAUUGACGGCACCUCUUACUGGGAAGGCCAAACGAUGGAGCGCUCCGAACUGAUCCCCCAGACCAAGGCCGACCUCGGCUCCGGCCACCUCUACUACCACUUCUCCCUGUCGACCAAGACGACCAACGCCCCCGACGCCUCGUUCGAGCACCAGAUCGCCUUCUUCGAGAGCCACUUCACCGAGCUGCAGUACGGUCUGGCGUCGGACGCCUCGGGGUCCUCCGACAACACGCUCCGCUGGAACGCCGGCGGCAACACCCACUGGUCGGUGCAGCUGGAGGCCGGCAAUUGGUACAACUUUGCCUAUGAUAUCGACUUCGACGCACAGACGGUGGGUCUGUGGGCGUCCAACGGCUCCGACCCCUUGACUGAGGUUGUGUCGCCUGUCAGCGCGUCCGCCUCGUCCAACUCGGCCGACUGGCACAUCGGCGAGCUGCGUCUGCCUGGAAGCGGAGCCUCGAACGAUGCGGCGGAGGAUUGGUUCUGGUCUGGCAUCUAUAUCGAGGAGUCGCCGAUCACGAAGGAGAUUGGGUCGGGUAGCCCUUCGAGCUCGAGCUCGGACUCUAGCUCUAGCUCCAGCUCGGCGAAGACAUCUAGCUCUGUCAGCUCUUCGACCUCCUCCGCUCCCCAGUCCACCGCCAAGGCUACCUCAAGCACUGCCGCCUCGAUCACUACCUCUGCUGCUCAAACAGUUGCAACCGCUGAGCCCGCCGUUGUGGCAGUGGAGGCUGCGACGACGGCCACGGCUGCCUCAGUGGCGCUGGCUACUCCCACCACCCCCACUGAGAUUCUGGAUGAUAUUCGCGCUAUCUUCGGUGCUCUGGUCUCGCGGUCCAGUGGCGUGCAUGCUCGGGACUUUGCCCGUCGUGCCUAA